UUUUUUUUUAUAUAUUGAAACAAAAAAUGGAGGAAACAAAACGUUCCUCUAUGACCAAUAGCUCGGUGAUAAUACGACCAAGACUUAUUUAUGGCAUACGUACAGAUGUUAUAGGCAAUAUUCAUUUCAAUUUGAGCAAAGAAGUCAUUUAUCCAGUGGAAGGUGUAUUGGCAUUUCAUGAUUAUGUGGCAAAUAAGCAAAGAUUUCUUAGGUUUCCCGAGGAUACACGACCAGAGAUAAUAGCAAUAAGUUCGCAUCGCAAAUUGCUGGCCGUUUUGGAAAGACAUAACAAAAAUGGUCGUUAUAUUUCAGUCUAUGAGUUGUCCACCCUUAAGAAACGUCGUCAUUUGGAUUUGCCGGAAAAUUAUCGCAAUACUGAGGUACAACAAAUGAUUUUUACCCAAGAUUCAAGAUCGAUUGUUUUGAUAACACGACCACCAGAGGAGCAUCUGAUUAUGCUGAUAUUGGACAAAACCUCAACGAUAAUUGAGGGACGUGCCACGGUGCUGGGCUCCCAUGGUGGUGCCCAGUGUAUAGCUGGUAAUCCAAGUGAUUGCAGUUUUGUGGCCGUCGGUGGAGAUCGUACUUUGCUAUUGAUGAGCAAAUCGGAACGUGGUUUCUCUAUAAGCAACAAUCUAAAGGUCACCUAUAGGGUCACUUCAAUGGCUUUUCUAUCAAUGGAUUUGCUAAUGAUUGGCACCGACAAGGAUCAAUUGAUUCUGGUGGAAAAUGGUGAACAGAAAUUGGCACAAAAGGCCAGCGAAGCGGAAACUGUGGACUUACUUAUCGAUCAGGAGGUUUUCGAUCGUGAUCGUGAGGCUCAGGAUCAUCGUUUAUUAUUCGCCACUCAGACUGUGGUUCUGCCCAAUCAGCAAGUGCUCUGCAUGACCGCCUUUCCCAAGGGAUUCGCUUACGUCAUCUUUAAUCGGGCUUUUGUUUUUGAACGUGUUUCGAAAUUCAAAUUCGAAAGGAAAACCGUUUUGACUGUGCCCAUUAAUCUGUAUGCAGAGCCGAUGUAUCAAAUACGUAAUCUGGCCAUUGAUCAUAAACAGGAGACGGUAAUUGUGACCACAGCUCAUGCCCAGAUCUAUGUGGGCAUUCUCAUUGUUCCCGAGACUCUAAAGACGAAGCAAUUGAAAUUUGAGCCACUUGGCGUGAUGAUACAUACGGGAGAGGUUAUUGAUAUAUCGGUUUGUGCCUGGAAACCCAUCAUAAUGACUGCUUCAAGGGAUCAGACCAUACGCAUAUGGAACUAUGAGACAGCUAAAGUGGAAUUGGUACGCAAAUUUCAGGUUGAUGUCAAUAUUGUGGAGCUCAAUUCGACGGGUCUAAUGGCAGCCAUUGGUUUCUCCGAUCAGUUGCGCAUCACACAAAUAUUCAUGGAUGAUUUGAAUAUUGUCAAGACUUACAAUUUCCCGCAUUGCAACGAUGUGCGCUACUCGAAUUUGGGUCAUCUGAUGGCUGCUGCCUAUGAUAAUAAUAUAACCAUCACUUCUGUUUACAAUUUGGAAGUGGUCAUCAAUUUGAAGGGACAUAAUGGGACAGUUCUAUCGGUGGCUUGGACAAAAACCGACAAGUACUUGAUAUCAGGUGGCGCCGAAGGAGCCAUCUAUCAAUGGGAUAUAGAGACGGGUUCCCGUCUGCAGGAAAUCGUGCAAAAGGGCACAGAAUAUGUCACAGUCUGUUGUAGCUAUAAUGAACCCUUGACCAUCUAUGCGGGCACAAAUUUCGGAACAGUUAGGGAAUUCCAAGAUUCGGAAUUGGUGCGUGAGAUAACCAUACCAUCGCGUACCAAGGGUUUGGUCUCGGAUAUAUGUUUGGCACGUUCCGAUCUCAUAAUGUUUGUAGCCGAUCAUGAGGGUAAUCUCUUCAAUAUGCAAUUACCAUUCCUCGAGGCAGGCGGCGGAACAUUCACAAAUUUCCGUUUCUUUGAUGGAGCUGUAAAUAAGUUGAGAUUUUCUUAUGAUGGAACUUUACUAUUGGCCAUAUCAAAAAGUGGCACCGUAGCCAUUUGGGCUAUGGAUAACAUUGAGGGUAAAGUGGCGCCAAUGGAUCAGGAUUUGAUGAAAAGUCAAGAGGUUCUAAUACCGCGCAGUCAAUUGAAUGAUAAAAACGAUCAAAUAUCCAAUUUGGAAUUACGUCUCAAGCAGCAGGCGGAAGAGUUCCAAUAUCAAUUGAGUCAAAAUGAGAUUUUCGAUGGCCAACAGCUCAAGGAAGUGCAUCGUAGCUAUUGUGCUGCCCUCGAGGAGCUGAAAGAGCUGAAUAACGAAAUAGAGGCUAGGCAUACGGAAGAGAUGAACUCGAUUACUUUCCAGAUUAACAAUAUCAAAGAAGAGCAUCGCCUUCAAUUGGAUACACUAGCCACACAAUAUUCGGAGCGUAUGUUGAUUGAGUAUCAGAAAUUCACCAAUUUACGUGAAAAUAUGUUGGAAUUACGUGAAAGCUAUGAACAGAAGCUAAAGAACUCCACGGGAACUUUGCAGGACACUGUCGAGGCAUUGGAGAAUAACUAUAAACAGCAAUUGGAUGAACGCAAGGAUCUAAUACGUGAGCUCAUGAAGGAAAUGCAGGAUAGAAAGGCCGAAUUCAUUGAAUAUUGUCGCGAAGUGGAAUUGGAAAAUGACCGGAAUAUGGUGUCCACACAAACGGAAUAUGAAAAUAAACUGACCACCGAACGCAAUGAGACGCAAAUGUGGCGUGGCAAGGCUGGAGUUUUGCAAAAGAAAUUCGAAGCUCAAAGUAAAGAGAUCGAUGAAUUGGUUGAAGAGGUUGAAACCCUUAAGGAGGAGCAUCUCAAGUCCCAAAAGAAUAUCCAAAAGCAAAUGCGUAAUGUUGAGGAUUUGCAAAAGGAUAUAUCGGAUCGUGAUUAUGCCAUCAAUGCCAAGGAGAAGCGUAUACAAGAUUUGUUGCACAAGAAUCAAGAGUUGGAUAAAUAUAAACAGGUUUUGGGUCACAAAAUAGCCGAACUAAAAGCCCAAAUUGAGCCCAGAGAAUUCCAAAUCAAUGACAAACGCAAACACAUAAUUGAAAUGGAGAAUGAACUGGAAGGACUUAAUCAAAACAAUAUACAAUUGGAGCUGCAGCUUAAGGAGAUGCGUGACAAGUAUCUAAGCAAUGUAACCGAGUUACGCACCGAGAGAUAUCGGGCCAAGGCAGCUCGUGAAUGCCUGACUGCAAUUUGUACGGACAUUUACUAUGUGGCUGGUGAAGUUAACAAUUCGGAAGCCCUUAAGAAGGCGGUCAAGGAUCUGUUCCAGAAGCAUGCCAGCGAUGAUGAAUUGAAACGUUUCGUUAGCCUGGAUGCUGAGGUCCGUGAUGAAUUUAUGCGUCAGCGUAAACAAAUCGAGAAUGUUUUGGCCCGCUAUAAGACCGUCGCUGAGGAUAAGUCCGUCCAAAAGAAAUAUGACAAGCUAUUCCAUGAGAAUGUCGUCCUUAUGGAUGAGAUUGAGAAGCUUCGCGAGUCAAAUCAAUUACUGCGUUCGCGUGUCAAAGAUGAUUUGAGAAAAGAGAAAAAAAUAUAGUCUUAGAUC